AUGUCCUGGCAAUUUAAACUCGCAUCCAGCGCGCGGGCGUCUCCGCGGUGGCUUACCCGGCCUAAUGGGGUCCUACUUCGCCCGGCAAGUGCGGGGAGAUUACCCUCAGCCCCCGCCAUGACUCAGACCAGUGUCUCCGUGACUGCCAAGCGCACCCUGGCCGACUACCACUCGUCCAAAUGCCUGAACCUCGACAACAUUAACCCCUCGGUGCGGGCCGCCAAGUACGCCGUGCGCGGAGAACUGGCCGUGAAAGCGGAGAACUACCGGCAGCAGUUGGCCGACGGCGACCAGUCGCUGCCCUUCGACAGCGUCAUCUUCGCCAACAUCGGCAACCCGCAGCAACUCGACCAGAAGCCGAUCACCUUCUUCCGUCAAGUGCUCAGUCUCGUCGAGAACCCGUUGCUGCUGGAGAACCCCGAGGCUCUCAAGACGUCGUUCGGAUACCACCAGGAUGUCAUCGAGCGGGCUCAGACACUGCUGGCCAAUGUCCAGAGCGUGGGCGCCUACAGUCACAGCCAGGGUGCGCCGGGGAUCCGCAACAGCGUGGCCAAGUUCAUUGAGGAGCGCGAUGGGUUCUCUGCCAACCCGCAGGACCUGUUUCUGACUGGAGGUGCCUCAUCCGGCGUUAGCACCCUCCUGAACGUCAUCUGCAACGGCCCCAAGGCCGGGGUUUUGGUCCCUAUCCCCCAGUACCCGCUGUAUACUGCGACGCUGUCGUUGCUGAAUGCGCAGUGCGUCCCGUACCUCCUUAAUGAGCAGGAGGCGUGGGGUACCGAUGUCAAUGUGAUCUUGCAGUCUAUUAAGGAUGCCAAGGCCGCGGGCAUCGAGGUGCGCGCCGUCGUUGUGAUCAACCCUGGCAACCCCACCGGUGCAUCGCUGAGCGCCGACGAUAUCAAAAAGGUCAUUGAUAUCGCCGCCGAGGAGAGCCUGGUAGUGAUGGCCGACGAGGUAUACCAAACCAACGUCUUCGCGGGCGAAUUCGUCUCCUUCAAGAAGCGGCUACGCCAGCUUCAGCAGGAGCAGCCCGGCAAGUACGAUGAUGUCGAACUUGUCUCGCUACACAGUAUUUCCAAGGGCAUGGUUGGUGAGUGCGGUCACCGUGGCGGGUACUUCGAGCUGGUUGGCUUCGACCCCCUGGUCCAGGAGCAGAUCUACAAGCUCGUCAGUAUCGGUCUGUGCCCGCCUGUCGUUGCGCAGUGUCUGCUUGAGACUAUGGUUAACCCGCCGCGGCCGGGACAGCCCAGCUACGAGCUCUACCAGAAGGAGUACAACGGCAUCCGGGACGGUCUGUACCAGCGGGCCCACGCUUUGUACGACGCUUUCCAGCGCAUGGAGGGAGUGGAGUGCCAAGAGCCCCAGGGUGCCAUGUACCUCUUCCCCACCAUCAAGCUCCCCGCCAAGGCCAUCGAGGCCGCGCAGGCUGAGAAGCGUGCCGCCGAUGAGUUCUACUGCCUGCGUCUGCUGGACGCCACCGGUGUCUGCGUCGUCCCAGGCUCGGGCUUCGGCCAGAAGGAGAACACGCUGCACUUCCGCACGACCUUCCUUGCGCCCGGCACCGAAUGGGUCGAGCGCAUUGUGAAGUUCCAUGCCGAAUUCAUGGAGAAGUACCGGUAG